AUGGCACACAUAGUCGAGACCUAUUUUAAAAAAGCUGGAUGCGGCGACGACCACGAUUAUGACACAAUGUGCAUGGUGUAUUUCAGCUAUUUUGAGUUCGUCGUCACACUGUUCCUCGUGGUGUCGACGUGCCUAUUGAUUGCCGACCCGUCAGAAGACCUAUCCGUUCGCGCUUACGGUGCGCUAUGCUUUGCAAUUGAAGCCUUUACUUUUUGUUUCAUAAUCAUGAGGUACUACAAUCAACCCCAAAUCCGCGAUAUGUAUCGGCGUUCGCAUGGAGUGGGAAUACCAGAAAACUUAAGACACAAAAUCGCAAUUGUGAUCAAACACCACUUCAUCCUGUCUAGCUUGUUCGUGGUAGUUUCCUUGUUGUACACGAUUUCGUCGGAUUCGGUACAGGUUGGUGAUCAGUUUACGUUCCCUUUCGUCGACGUGUUGUCGAUAAAAACGACAAAUGUGGCUAUUUACGUGUGUAAAUAUAUUUUAUACACUUUGCCCGUUUACUAUGGUCACAUUGAAGUCAGUUUCUUGCACGUAACGUACAUGUAUACCACGGGCGUUCUGCAGACUCAUUUUCAGAAUCUCGACGAACAGGUCAAAGAAUCAAUGGUAAACAUGGAUGAACAUAAAUUAAAGAUCGCCAUCAAACACCAUCAAGAGAUGUUGAAGUUUUUUCAAGAAAUGAAGACUGUAUUUGUGAAAUCAAUAUUUUUUAUUAUAAUAUCUUGUGGAUUAUUUGUUGGUGUAACUAGUUGUUUAAUAAUUCAAGUCAUACAGGGCCAUAUUCAUCAAAUAAUAUUGGCACUAUGCCUACUUAGUGGUUCGGAAGGUAUUAUAACAAUUAUAAUUUAUUGUGUUUAUGCAAGUGAUUUGUACAAUUUACAUGAUGGAAUACUAAACAGACUUUUUGAUCAUCGGUCACUUUAUUCUCAAAACAAAUCAUUUAACCAACUUAUAUUAAUAAUGAUGUCCAGAGCAUCGAUUCCAUUUGAAAUUAAAGCUGGUUACAUUUUCACCGUUAACUUAAAUCUACUGGUCAGAAUCCUAAGAUUUACAUAUACGGUGUUAAAUGUUUUAUUGACUUCAAUCAAUCACCAGCUUAUAAAAAUAUAA